CUGACAUUACUUUUUCUGCGCGUAAUGAAAGUUAUCGGUUAUUGUUUAGCAUUUAUAUUUACAAUAACAGGUUCUUUUGUUCAUUUUGCGCUUUUGUGGGUCACAAAUAAGAACCUGAAACCUUCAGAAUAGAACGUAGUGAUGAUGGUGCAGAUGUAUCUGUUUUUUUAUCGGAUCCUGAACUUACAAUGAUCGUCCAAAAAUAUUUGAAAAGUGAAAAUGCGUUUGAAAUCAACCCCAAGAUUCCAGCACAUGAAUUGUUUUCUAUUUUACCUAUACUUCAAAAUGCUGUUAAAGGCGUUUCUGAUUCUAAAGACAACACCCCUAAAAAAUUUAAUAGGUCAAACAAAUUGAAAUCAUUAGUUGAUUGGAUCGAAAGUGAAUAUGAAUCAAAAAUUUAUCAAAUCAAAAAAAUGACUGAUAACAAUAUUAUUACAUUCAACAAUCUAUUCUAUCUAUUUCCAAGAGGUCAACACGUACGCGCUGUUUGGCAUCAACGUACAGUUGGGGCAAAAGUAAUUCAAGCAUCAUAUUAUAGUGAUUUUAUGGGAAAUCAUAUGAGCGUUAAAGCUGAAGUAAUCGAUUCAGAUGGCGUUACGUUUUAUAGUGGAUUGAAAAUAUUUGUUAUUGAUGAUUGGGAAGGUGCUUGUGAUAUCGAUGAGCUCCCUGUUGCUCCACUGUCAGAUUCAACUCACGAUGAACUGGUAGCAAGGGGAAGAAAAUUCGUAAAAUAUGCGAUCGGUCCACAUUAUCUUUAUUAUACUGGAAGUUUGUUUCGCAAAUAUAUGUGCGGCACCAUCCAUUUUAAAAGUGAAGGCCGCCUUAUGGUUGAUACAGUCUCAUUUUUUAAGAUCAAUCCGGGUUAUGGCAUGGAUACCAGAAAAAAAGUUGACCGAAAAUCGGUUAAAGAGGAAGAACUUUUCAUGUGUGCACCUUCAGUUUAUGGAUUUAGUUUUGCGUCAAAGAAAUGGGGUCAAAUAUAUAUUGAUGAAUUAAGCGAUAUAACAUUUGAUGAUGACGCAUUCGAUCAACUUGUUAUGGACCCAAUCAAAAAAGAACUGAUUUCUAGUCUUGUCAAAUCUGAUCAUAAAGGAUUGGAUAUUAUCAGCGGUAAAGGUGGCGGUUGUAUCUUUUUGUUACACGGACCCCCUGGAGUUGGCAAAACAUUAACUGCUGAAGCAAUUUCCGAAUCCCUUCAUCGCCCGUUACAUUCCGUUAGUGUUGGAGAAUUAGGAGCAACUGCAACUGAAUUAGAAAAGAAAUUAAACGAAAUUCUUGAUGUGGCAAAUAUUUGGAAUGCUGUCAUUUUAAUUGAUGAAGCUGAUAUCUUUCUUGAACGUCGAAGUGAUCAUGAUGCUAAACGUAAUGCUCUUGUUAGUAUAUUUUUAAGGUUACUUGAAUACCAUCAAGGGAUUUUGUUCUUGACAACAAAUCGAGUAAAAUGUUUUGACGCCGCUUUCCAAUCUCGAAUUUCGAUCGCCUUGAAAUAUGACGAAUUAGAUUCUGAUGCACGUGAAAAAAUAUGGCGUACAUUCUUAGAUCGCGUUGAAGGAAAAGGUAGAAGUAAAGUGAAUAUUGACAAUCUGAAAGAACGACCUCUAAAUGGAAGAGAGAUCAAAACAGCUAUAAGAUUAGCGAAGGCAUUAGCUAUGAAAAAUAAUCCGGAUGCAAUGAUUACUACAGAGCAAUUAGAAACAAUUCUUGACAUUUCAAAAUCUUUCAAAGAAGAGAUAACAGGAAAUAUUCCCGAACCAGAGGAAUUGGAUUAAUCAAUAUAUAUAGAGUGGUUUAGUCCAAAAAACCGCAAUUUGUUAUUUGAAUAUUAUAAAAUCAUUAAGAUAUUUAUAGGAAAAUUAUAAAUUAUUAUUUUAAUUUAACUUAUUCAAGAAAAUUUUGCAAUAUCCUAGUUUGAAUUUUUUAAGCUUGACGAUCAAAAAUGACAUUGACGUAUAAUUGUAAAUCGGCUUGUCUUUGAUAGCAAGCAUAUUCCUGAAUUUGCUUUAAAAUAAACAUCUAACUGAUGAAUCUAAUUAAUAAUUAUAAAGUAUUAUACUAAAUUUAAAUAAUCAUUAAUUAAAAACGAACAAAUAAUUAUUUUAAGUUAAAUACUUAUUAUGUCUAAUGACUGAUAUCAUAAAAAAAAGUACCAAUCAAAAUUAAUUACGUGCCUCCCAAAGUUGAGUUCUCUUGUUGUCUAUUAUAUCUGUUAGUUUAAUUAACGCUUCAGCGAUUCUGCAGCGCUGUUGUAUGUAUCCUGAAUCAUUUUCUG